UCUGCUUUCUUUUCUCAAACAGGUGGGCUCUGCAUUGCCCAGUCCGUGAGAAUCCCCCAGGAGCGCAAAGACAGGACCAUUGACUUUGAUAGAAUUAUCAAACAGCUCCUGGACACCCCCAACUCCAGGGCCGUCGUGACUUUUGCCAACGAUGAGGAUAUAAAGCAGAUCCUUGCGGCAGCCAAAAGGGCUGACCAAGUGGGCCAUUUUCUCUGGGUGGGAUCCGACAGCUGGGGAUCCAAAAUAAACCCACUGCACCAAAACGAAGAUAUCGCAGAAGGAGCCAUCACCAUUCAGCCCAAGAGAGCAACCGUGGAAGGGUUUGAUGCCUACUUCACGUCCCGCACGCUCGAAAACAACAGAAGAAACGUAUGGUUUGCCGAGUACUGGGAGGAAAACUUCAACUGCAAGUUGACGAUUAGUGGGUCAAAAAAAGAAGACACAGAUCGCAAAUGCACAGGACAGGAGAGAAUUGGAAAAGAUUCCAACUAUGAGCAGGAGGGUAAAGUUCAGUUUGUGAUUGACGCUGUCUACGCUAUGGCUCAUGCCCUUCAUCACAUGAACAAGGAUCUUUGUGCUGACUACCGGGGUGUCUGCCCAGAGAUGGAGCAAGCUGGAGGCAAGAAGUUGUUGAAGUAUAUCCGCAAUGUUAAUUUCAAUGGUAGCGCUGGCACUCCAGUGAUGUUCAACAAGAACGGGGAUGCACCCGGGCGUUACGACAUCUUUCAGUACCAGAUGACAAACACCAGCAACCCUGGCUACCGUCUGAUUGGACAGUGGACAGAUGAACUUCAGCUCAAUAUAGAAGACAUGCAGUGGGGAAAAGGAGUCAGGGAGAUCCCUGCCUCGGUGUGCACACUGCCGUGCAAGCCCGGCCAAAGAAAGAAGACGCAGAAGGGGACUCCCUGCUGCUGGACCUGUGAGCCGUGUGACGGGUACCAGUACCAGUUCGAUGAGAUGACAUGCCAGCACUGCCCCUACGACCAGCGGCCCAAUGAAAAUCGAACGGGCUGCCAGGAUAUCCCCAUCAUCAAACUGGAGUGGCACUCGCCCUGGGCCGUAAUCCCUGUCUUCCUGGCCAUGCUGGGGAUCAUCGCCACCAUCUUUGUCAUGGCCACCUUCAUCCGCUACAAUGACACACCCAUCGUCCGAGCAUCCGGGCGAGAACUCAGCUACGUUCUUUUAACAGGCAUUUUUCUCUGCUACAUCAUCACUUUCCUGAUGAUAGCCAAACCUGACGUGGCAGUGUGUUCUUUCCGGCGAGUUUUCUUGGGCUUGGGUAUGUGCAUCAGUUACGCAGCCCUCUUGACAAAAACGAAUCGGAUUUAUCGCAUAUUUGAGCAGGGUAAGAAAUCAGUGACAGCUCCCAGACUCAUAAGCCCGACAUCACAGCUGGCAAUCACUUCCAGUUUAAUAUCAGUUCAGCUUCUAGGUGUUUUCAUUUGGUUUGGUGUCGACCCACCCAACAUCAUCAUAGACUAUGAUGAGCAUAAAACGAUGAACCCUGAGCAGGCCAGAGGAGUUCUCAAAUGUGAUAUUACAGAUCUCCAAAUCAUUUGCUCCUUGGGAUAUAGCAUUCUUCUCAUGGUCACAUGUACUGUGUAUGCCAUCAAGACUCGGGGUGUACCGGAGAAUUUUAAUGAGGCCAAGCCCAUUGGAUUCACUAUGUACACGACGUGUAUAGUAUGGCUUGCCUUCAUUCCAAUUUUUUUUGGCACCGCUCAAUCAGCGGAAAAGCUCUACAUACAAACUACCACGCUUACAAUCUCCAUGAACCUAAGUGCGUCAGUGGCGCUGGGGAUGCUAUACAUGCCGAAAGUGUACAUCAUCAUUUUUCACCCUGAACUCAAUGUCCAGAAACGGAAGCGAAGCUUCAAGGCGGUAGUCACAGCAGCCACCAUGUCAUCACGGCUGUCUCACAAACCCAGUGACAGACCCAACGGUGAGGCAAAGACAGAACUCUGUGAAAACGUAGACCCAAACAGUAAGUAA